CCAAGAUGCCGACUCAUCUUGUUUGGUGGCCUAUUAAAUUGGGCGGAGAUGCGUUCCAAGAGGCCACCUUCUCACUCUCUCUCUCUCUCAAUCAGAAGAAGAAAAGAUAUCUUUCAAGAGGCAGACGACGCCGACGCAGGCGGAGACCAGAGUCAACCUUCUUCUCUCUCAAAGGAAAGCUGGAUCGGAUCCAUCCUCGGAAUCGUUCCCGUGAACUGAAGCCAGCCAGGAGAGAGCAAGCUUCGUCAAGGUCCUCCUCCCACCACCUUCACAAGGGAGGGCAUCUCCAGGUCGAGGUAGCACCACUGGCAACCAUGGAGGCGGCUCUGGUGAGUGCAGCGACGGGAGCCUUGAAACCCGUUCUAGCAAAGCUGGGUGCUCUGGCAGGCGAUGAGUACAAGCGGUUCAAGGGUGUGCGUGAUGAUAUCAAGUCACUCACGCGUGAACUCACUGCCAUGGAAGCAUUUCUUCUCAAGAUGUCAGAGGAAGAGGACCCUGAUGUUCAGGAUAAGGUGUGGAUGAAUGAGGUGCGGGAGCUCUCUUAUGACAUGGAGGACUCUAUCGAUGACUUCAUGCAGAAUGUGGGCAGCCAAGAUUCAAAGCCAGAUGGUUUCUUGGAAAAGAUGAAGAACUCGUUGGGGAAGAUGAAGGCUCGUCGUCGCAUCGGAAAUGAGAUCCAUGAUCUGAAGAAACAGAUCACAGAGGUGGCGGAGAGGAAUGAAAGGUACAAGGCUCGUGAGGCCUUCUCCAAGGCUAAGAAUACAACCGUUGACCCCAGAGCUCUUGCUAUCUUUCAGCAUGCCUCCGAGCUUGUCGGAAUUGAUGAACCCAAGGCCGAGAUAAUUAAACUGUUGACACAAGGUGAGUCAACACAAGAGAAAAUGAACUUGCUAUCCAUUGUUGGAUCUGGAGGAAUGGGAAAGACAACUCUUGCAAACCAAGUGUAUCAAGAUCUCAAAGGAAAAUUUCAAUGUCGAGCCUUCUUAUCCGUUUCAAGGAAUCCAGACAUGAUGAAUAUCCUAAGGACUAUUCUUAGUGAAGUUAGUGGCCAACGUUACACCGACACCGAAGCAGGAAGUAUACAACAACUCAUCAUCAAGAUCACUGAUUUCCUAGUAGACAAAAGGUAUUUUGUUGUUCUUGACGAUAUAUGGGAUGUGGAUACAUGGGAUAUUAUUAAGCUUGCAUUUCCCUUGACUAGUUCUGGCAGUAUCAUAAUCACAACUACCCGUAAAAAUGAUGUUGCUGAAUCAUGCCAUUUGAAACCAUUCAAUGGAGAUAUUUAUCGCAUAAGGCCUCUUGAUAUGGUGCACUCUAGGCAGUUAUUUUACACAAGAUUAUUCAACUCCGAAGAAAAUUGCCCCUCAUACCUUAAAAAGGUUUCUGAGCAUAUAUUGAGAAAAUGUGCUGGAUUGCCUUUGGCAAUCAUUGCUAUAUCUGGUUUGUUGGCUAAUACUGAAAGGACAGAGGGUCCAUGGAAACAAGUUGAAGAUUCGAUUGGUCGAGCACUUGAAAGAAAUCCCAGUGUUGAAGGAAUGAUGAAGAUAUUGUCACUUAGUUACUUUGAAUUGCCUGCUCAUCUGAAAUCUUGUCUUUUAUGUUUGAGUAUAUUCCCUGAAGAUUCUGUUAUCAAUAAGAAAUUUUUGAUAAAGAGGUGGAUUGCUGAAAGAUUAAUUCAUACAGAAGCCGGAUAUAGUACAACAUAUGAAUUUGGUGAAAGGUGUUUUAAUGAGCUCAUCAAUAGGAGUUUGAUCCAGCCUGGGGAAAAAGAAAUAGAUGGUACUAUAAAGAGUUGUCGACUUCAUGACACAAUUCUUGAUUUCAUCAUAUCCAGGUCCAUCGAAGAAAACUUUGUUACUUUGGUGGGUGUUCCUGGUUUAACUGUUGGGACACGCAACAAAGUUCGUCGGCUCUCCCUGCAAGCCGGCAAGGAAAAAGAAGUGAUACUGCCAAGAGGCUUGGUGUUGUCUCAUGUACGAUCACUUGAUGUGUUUGGGGAAUCGGUGAAAAUCCCUUCUAUGGACAAGUUCAGGCAUUUGCGUUUUCUGGACUUUGAAGAUUGCAAACAGCUAGAGAACCACCAUCUUGAAAAUAUAGAGAGAUUGUUUCAGCUGAGGUACUUGAGCCUCCGAAGAGCGGAGAAAGUAACUAAGCUCGUAGAACAAAUCGGACAUCUAAGGUGUUUAGAGAUACUAAAUUUAAGAGGCACCCAUGUUUGUGGGUUACCAACAUCUAUUCUCAAUCUCAAGAGAUUGGUGCACCUAUUAGUCGACAGUGGUGUUACACUUUCUUGUGGAAUUUCCAAGAUGCAAUCACUGGAGAAUUUGAAGCUUGUCAGUGUCUACAACCAUUCAUUUAACUUCCUGCAAGAAUUGGAGCAGCUGCAGAGUCUGAAGAAAUUGGCCCUUGAUUUUGAGGAUUAUAGUUCUGCUGACCGAGUGAAUGCUGAAAAUGAGUCCAAGAGAGCUAUUAUUGUCACUUCCCUUAAAAACCUAGGGAACCUUCUAUCUCUAGCUAUUUGGGAUGGCCCCGAAUUUGUAGGGGAAUCUCUGUGCCCUAUGCCACUUAACCUCCAGAAGCUGAAAGUCCGUGGUUCUAUUAUUCCCCAUGUUCCAAAUUGGGUGGGCUCCCUUGUCAACCUCCAGGAGUUACGCCUUGAAUUGUUCAGAGCUGAGCAGAAAGAUUUCUAUAUCCUUGGAGGCUUACCUGUUCUGCGUUGUCUGAUUCUGAGAAUUUUUGACCGUGAAAUUAGAAAUACCUCAUUAACAGAAGAGCCUGAAGUUACAAGGGUCAUAGUCUGUGGUGAGGUUGGAUUCCCAUGCUUGAGGAUAUUUAAUUAUGAUAAUGGGUACGGUGGUAUGAAUUUGACCUUUGCGGCUGGAGCCAUGCCCAAGGUAGAUGACCUCUCGAUAGAAUUUAACGCAGCAAAAACUGGGUCUCUCGAUACCAGCGGUGCUUUUGAUCUCGGAAUAGAAAAUCUCCCCGGCCUCCUUAAAAUCAGAUGUUACGUAUGGGGAGACGUCAAGGAUAGAAUUGAAGCUGCAGAAGCUGCCAUUCGGGAAGCAACCAACGCACAUCCCAACCGCCCUACUCUUGACUUGGACUGAUAAUGCGUUGCCGGAAUCGAGCUCAGGGAACAAUGCUAAUGAGACUGCAAUUCCAAAGGUUCGUCAUCACUGCAUUUUUGAGAUCGAACAAUUCGUCAUCCUCUGCGAGGAUGGAUCUGCCUCCCUGCUGGAAGAGCACCUGACACAGGAGCCGAGACCAAUUAAUGGAUACAAUCUGUGCACUGCCAAUGCAGCCAUGCUAAGAUGCAACGAUCGAUCCGUCUUGCUGCCUGCUGCAGAUGGACCAGCAGCGCCAACAAGAGCACAGCAAGGACCAGCAACCGACACAGCUGACAGGCGCGGUGCUGGCAAAGCGAGAUGGAGAGGAGAACCAGAAGAGCAAGGCCGACAACAGCUACCUUGACUGGUGAAGGGCUGAGCACAAGAUGUCGUCCGUCCUAUCAUGGGAGAAGACCAAGAAGACGGCUGUCCAAGCCAAGGUCCGAACACGGGAGGAGAAGCUGGAGAAGAAGAAGGCGGAGUACGCGGAGAAGAUGCGGAACCGUAUCGCGAUGAUCCACAAGGAGGAGCAGAGGGGCAGAGGGCCGCCGUGGAGGCGAGGCGGCAGGAGGAGAUGAUCAAGUACCAGGAGAUGGCCACUGCACUUAUCCGUAUGUGGUCGAUACUCACUCCAACGGAGGCCAGGGAGCAUUUGGUUACUAGAUCUAUCCGAUGGGAGACGGUAGCUCGGGAUUUAUUCAACCGGUUUGAAUGACGGUCAUGUAAUAGGAUAGCUGUUUAGUUUCCUAUCUAUUAUAUUUGCUUGCCGGUUGUGGCUGUCUGGUUUGCUGCUUUUGUGCUCUGUGUUGAGCACAGCCUUUUGUUUGUUUGUUUGAGACUACAAGACUAUUGUUGGAUCUUUUGCUUUUUAUAAUAUGGCCGUAUGGAUCGU